AUGACAAAGAAGCUGCUUCUAAACGAAGCCAAGGACUCAAACCUGGUCUGCACGCCGCUUUUCAUGCAAACAGUGGUCUCUCUUCUCAACUCCAAAACCAACUCCACCCUAGACGACCGUUUAUUGGUCCCCAAGCUCGCGGCUUGGGUGUUUGCAGACGGGUCCCGAAAAGGUGGGCCCCGCCUCUCAUGUGCCAAUGGCCUCUGGGUGGAUGAGUCCGUCCAUCUGGAGCCUUCUCUGGAACAGGCAGGGGGCAAUGCUUACAAGGCGGCUUUGAACCGAGUGGAUUUCAAGACUGACUACGAGGAAGUGACAACUAGAGUGAAUUCAUGGUUGGACAAGGAGGCUAACGGCCUCAUCAAUAGUGCUCUUUCUCCGGGCUCAGUUGAUGCCCUAACGAGGCUCCUAUUUGCUAAUGCAUUGUACUUCAAAGGAGAUUGGGACAAAGAGUUUGAUGCGUCAAAAACCGAAAAAUAUGACUUCCAACUUCUCGAUGGGAACCUAAUUAAACGAGUGCCUUACAUGACCAGCGAUGAGAGGCAGCACGUACAUAACCGAGUUUGA